AGCUGUUUGUUUUGCAUGGAACAAGCAUGGCUGAGUGUUAGGCGAGGGCGGUGAACUGGGCAGUGAUGAGGUGGCGGCGCGACUGUCACUGAAGUUGGAUGGGCACGUUCCUUGUAGGGCCUCUGCCUGGAUCUGCUCUUUGAAUGUACUCUGGAGGAAUCCGAACCCGCCCCACCGUUUUGCCUCUCAUUGCUUGUGCAGUAAGGAUUUAUUGUGCUCCUGCGGGGGUGCGGAGCUGGGCCUAGUGAGAAGUUUCAAGUUCGAGGCCGGAAGAAGCUUAACUUGUUCCUUGCAAAGGAAAAAGGCUGUGGAACAGGAUGAUCUCAAAGGAGGAAAUGUUGUUCUUGUCACAUGUUCAGUUAGUUGACUGCAGGUUAUUUUCCUGAAGAAAACUGGUUUGAUGAAAUUUGACACGAAAUCAGCAUUGAAAUUUAUUACCUACUCCCAUCACGAUCUGUGGUCUACAAAAAAAACUUCAGGUGUUCAUCUAUAAAGUAAUACUAACAUAAUUUCAGAAUGUCCAGCAAAGAGGUGAAGGCUGCUCUAAAAAGUGCAAGAGAUGCAAUCAGAAACAAAGAAUACAAAGAAGCUUUGAAACAUUGUAAGACAGUGUUAAAACAAGAGAAAAAUAACUACAAUGCCUGGGUUUUUAUUGGUGUUGCUGCAGCUGAGCUAGAACAACCCGAUCAAGCCCAGGGUGCCUAUAAGAAAGCUGUGGAACUAGAUCCAGACCAGUUACUAGCUUGGCAGGGGUUAGCAAGCCUGUAUGAGAAAUGUAAUCACAUGAAUGCUAAGGAUGAUUUACCAGGUGUUUACCAGAAGCUCCUGGAUCUUUAUGAAAGUGUUGACAAACAGAAGUGGUGUGAUGUCUGUAAGAAACUUGUGGAUCUGUAUCACCAAGAAAAGAAACACCUAGAGGUGGCUCGAACAUGGCACAGAUUGAUUAAGACAAGGCAGGAAGAAGGUGCAGACGACCAAGAACUUCACCAGCUCUGGAGGAAAUUGACUCAGUUGCUGGCAGAGAGUACAGAGUAUCAGAAUAAUGAAACUCAGCAAUUGCUUUUGACUGCAUUUGAGAAUGCACUGGGCUUAUCAGAUCAGAUUCCUAGUGAAGAUCACCAACUCCUUUAUAGGCAUUUUAUUCAGUGUUUAUCCAAAUUUCCUCAUGAGGCUGCUAGGUUGAAGAAGGCCUGUGAAGGAAUGAUAAACAUCUAUCCCACUGUACAGUAUCCAUUAGAAGUGCUCUGUUUGCAUCUAAUUGAGUCAGGAUAUGUUACUGAUGAGGGACAGCAGUAUUUUUAUAAACUAGUAGAGAUGAAUUCAAAAAGUGGCCCAGGCCUGAUUGGCAUAGGCAUUAAAGCAUUACAAGACAAAAAGUAUGAAGAAGCUGUCAGGAACCUAACAGAAGGGUUAAAGGAAAGCCCUCUCUGCACAAACGGAUGGUAUCAUCUGGCAGAAGUGCAAGUCAAAAUGCAUAGACCUAAGGAAGCUGUUCUUUCAUGCAAUCAAGCUCUGAAGAACAUAGAUAAUCCUGGUGUGCCUGGUGGCAGUCUUCAGCAGAAGAAUUCUUGUCUUUGCUUGAAAGCAGAGGCUUUAAUUAAACUCUCAGAUUCUGAAUCUUCAGAGGAAGCAAUUCGUAUUCUUGAUCAGGUUUCAGAUGCAAAUAAUGUCCCAGGACUUUUGGUUCUCCAAAGCUUGGCCUAUCUGAAUAAAGGCUCAUUAGAUGAUGCUACAAAGAUUAUGGAAGACCUUCUCUUGUCUCACCCCAACCUAGCUGCAGCUCAUGCCCUCGAGGCAUUGAUUCAUCUUACCAAAAAGGACUAUCUACAAGCAGAAAAAUGUUUCCAGAGAGCAAUUGAGAAAGAUGCUGAUGUUGCUGAAUAUCAUUAUCAGCUUGGGUUAACAUACUGGUUCAUGGGUGAAGAAACAAGAAAAGAUAAAACAAAAGCUCUUACCCACUUUCUGAAGGCUGCAAGACUGGAUACGUACAUGGGCAAAGUUUUCUGCUAUUUAGGUCAUUACUACAGAGAUGUAGCGGAAGAUAAAAGCAGAGCCCGUGGAUGCUACAGGAAGGCUUUUGAAUUGGAUGACACUGACACUGAAUCUGGAGCUGCAGCAGUUGACCUAAGUGUGGAACUUGAAGAUACGGAAUCCGCCUUAGCUGUCUUAACUACAGUGACUCAGAAGGCAAGUGCUGGAGCGGCCAAGUGGGCCUGGCUUAGACGAGGAUUGUACUACCUGAAGGCCGGUCAGCAUUCUCAAGCAGUGGCCGAUUUACAGGCAGCACUGAGGGCAGACCCAAAGGAUUUCAAUUGUUGGGAGUCAUUAGGAGAGGCAUACUUAAGCAGAGGUGGCUACACAACAGCCUUGAAGUCCUUCACAAGAGCCAGUGAGCUGAACCCAGAGUCCAUAUACAGUGUGUUUAAGGUUGCAGCAAUACAGCAAAUCCUAGGCAAGUAUAAGGAGGCCAUAGCUCAAUACCAGCUGAUCAUUAAAAAGAAGGAAGAUUACGUACCUGCUUUGAAAGGUUUGGGUGAAUGCUAUCUUUUGAUGGCAAAAGCAGCUUUAGUUGAUUAUCUUGACGGGAGAGCUAUAGACUACACAGAAAAAGCACUGGAAUAUUUUACUUGGGCUCUGCAGCAUCGAGCUGAUGUGUCCUGCCUUUGGAAGCUAGUUGGGGACGCUUGCACCAGUCUCUAUGCUGUUUCUCCGACUAAAGUGAAUAUUAAUGUUUUAGGUGUCCUUCUAGGUCAGAAAGAAGGGAAACAAGCGUUAAAGAAAAACGAGCUGCUCCAUCUUGGAGGAAGGUGUUAUGGUCGUGCAUUAAAACUGAUGUCCACUUCCAAUACGUGGUGUGAUCUUGGAAUUAAUUAUUAUCGCCAAGCACAACAAUUAGCAGAAACAGGCAGCAACACGAGUGAUCUUAAAGAGCUACUAGAGAAAUCUUUGCAUUGUCUGAAAAAGGCAGUGAGACUUGACAGUCAUAAUCACUUAUACUGGAAUGCUCUUGGAGUGGUUGCAUGUUACAGUGGUAUUAGAAAUUACGCCCUUGCUCAGCACUGUUUCAUCAAAUCAAUCCAGUCAGAACAAAUUAAUGCUGUUGCAUGGACCAACUUGGGAGUGUUGUACCUUGCAAAUGAAAACAUUGAGCAAGCUCAUGAAGCUUUCAAAAUGGCUCAGUCCCUUGAUCCAUCUUAUUUAAUGUGCUGGAUUGGACAAGCUCUUAUUGCAGAGACAGUUGGAAGUUACGACACUAUGGAUCUCUUCAGACACACUACAGAACUCUGCAUGCAUACUGAGGGAGCAAUAGGUUAUGCGUAUUGGGUCUGCACGACUUUGCAAGAUAAAAGCAACAGAGGCACAGAGCUGUACCAGUACAAUAUCCUCCAGAUGAACGCUGUCCCAGCAGCACAGGUUGUUCUCUGUAAAUACGUGGAAAGAAUUCAGAAUUAUGCUCCAGCUUUCACGAUGUUGGGUUACUUGAAUGAACAUCUGCAACUGAAAAAGGAAGCAGCAGACAUGUACCAAAGGGCAAUUUUGUUGUUACAGACAGCAGAAGACCGAGAUACUUAUAAUGUUACCGUAAGAAAUUAUGGCAGAUUGUUAUGUUCCAUUGGUGAAUAUGAUAAAGCUAUCCAGGCUUUUAAGUCAACACCCCUUGAAGAGUUAGAAGACAUCAUAGGUUUCGCUUUGGCUUUAUUUAUGAAGGGGCUGUAUACAGAGAGCAGCAAAGCCUACGAGAGAGCUUUGUCUGUUGUUGAAUCAGAGCAAGACAAAGCCCAUAUCUUAACAGCUCUGGCAAUAACAGAAUAUAAACAAGGAAAACUGGAUGUAGCCAAGUCACUGCUAUUCAAAUGCUCUAUCUUAAAGGAACCAAGCACAGAAAGCCUUCAAACCCUCUGUGCCCUAGGCUUGGCCAUGCAGGAUGCUACACUGUCAAAGGCAGCGCUUAAUGAGCUACUGAAGCAUGUGAAACACAAAGAUGGUGACUACCGGAGGUGCCUUCUCACUUCAGCCAUCCACGCACUGCAAGGCCGCAGUGUGGCUGUGCAGAGACAAGCAUCUAAAGCUGUUCACAGUAACCCAGCUGACCCGGCUCUUUGGGCUUUGUUAUCCCGAGUUGUCGCUCAGUAUGCCCAGCAAAAUGCAAAGGGAGGUGCUGUAGCAGGAAAUGUGGCUCAUAUUCUGGAUUCAAAUCAUGGAAAGAAGGCGUUACUGUACACUGCAGUGAAUCAGUUGGCAAUGGGAAGCAGUUCGGCAGAAAAUGAAAAAAAUGUUGCACUAAAGACCAUUCAGAAGGCAGCUCUCCUUUCUCCAGGUGACCCUGCUGUCUGGGCUGGGCUGAUGGCAGCCUGUCACGCAGAUGAUAAACUGGCUCUCGUGAACAACACUCAGCCAAAGAGGAUGGAUUUAUACUUGGCACUGUUAUCUGCUGUUUCUGCUUCAAUUAAGGACAAAAAGUUUCUUGAAAAUUACAACCAAUCUCUUGAGAAGUGGUGUCUCUCACAAGUGGUCACUAGUCUACUAGACACAGGAAGAACAGCAGAAGCCGAAUCUCUCUGCACAAAGAACUUAAAAAGUAACCCUGAUCAACCAGCUGUUCUUUUACUCUUGAGACAAGUUCAGUGUAAAUCACUCCUAGAGUCACAAAAGCCACUCCCAGAUGCUGUACUUGAAGAACUGCAAAAAGCAGUCAAGUCCAACUCCACCUCUGUUCCAGCUUGGCAGUGGCUGGCGCAAGUGUAUCAGUCUCAAGGAAUGAUGAGUGCUGCAGAGAUGUGUUACAGAAAGAGUCUACAAGUGGCGUCCCAGCAGGGCAGUUGGGGUGGGAAGCUCUCAAGUCUGUUGAAACUAGCACUGCUUGCAUUAGAAGUCUGCAUGGCUAAUAUUUCCAGUGAUCACUGGCCGUCCUUGGUUCAAGAGGCUACAGCUGAGGCCUUGAAACUUUGCUUUUGUCCGCUGGCUGUUCUUUUGCAAGCUUUAUUACAAUUCAACCGCAAAAUGGGGGCAAGAGAGACACGGCGACUUUUGGAGAGAGUGGUGUAUCAGCCUGGGUAUCCCAAAUCUAUCGUAUCAACUGCACGUUGGUACCUACUGAGACAUCUCUAUGCCAAAAAUGACUAUGAGCUUAUUGAUGUGUUGGUAAAAAAUGCUGAAACUCACAGAGAUACAAGAGCACUGGAACUGAAUCAGAAAUUGUCCUCACAAUAACAAUGCAUUGUCUUAUAAUAAAGGAGAAGAAUAGGUAAAAGAACAAAGCAGCAAAUCAAGACUUUUCCCUGAAGUAACAUAUUUUAAACCUAUAAUCAUUCAUACUUCUUUUUUUAAUUCAAGGAAGUUGAAGUUCUUAAAUUAGGGAUGUAAUUUUCCAUUGACUGUUAAUCAGAUUUUAACCUGAAAAACAUGUUUAAUUUGGAAGUACAUAGUGAAAAGAGAACAUGAUUCUCUUAGUUGUUCUAGAGUCAUUUGUGAAUCAUUAUUUUUUGCAUCUUGCAUGGUGCAUAAUAGGAUAUCAUUUUUUUGGUAAUCCUUUACCAAAAAAUAAAAAUAAAUAAAGCCUUUAUAGCCAUUUUCUAAAUAAUAUGUUAAAGCAGAAUUUUCAUUUGUUAAAAAAUAAAUUCAAAGAUUUAAUUUCUCCUGUGAAUCCUAAAGCUCCACAGACCAACUCAUCAUGAAAUCCAAAUCUUGUUUUGCUACUGUUGUGCUACUGUUUCAUCUCCAGCUUCUACUGAAGCAGCAAACUAUAAAUGUGAGUCUCUGGCUGCAAAUGGGUAUGUUCAUGUCAUUUAAAACACUCAGGUGUGUGGCUGCAAUGAAAAACUUUAAUGGAAACUUUGUGGAAAGUAAUGCUGACAAUAUUUAAUCGAUCAUGCAAUUCAUUCAAUUAGGAUGAAAAUAUUUGAACUUUCUCAAAUUAAAAAAGUGUCUUAUUUAUAGUAUCAUCUUAAUUUCAAAUUUUAAAACUUCAGAGUACAAUAUCUUUUUUUUCGCCAAAGCAAUGUGGUUUGCGGCUCUGUUUCAGUUUUUGCACAUUAAAAAAAUGUGGAAAUUUUGUUUUGACAAAGUUGACCCUUGUCUUUCUGCCUGUCCUCCAUUCUCCCACUUUAGUGCUUAUGGAUAGAAAGCUGCUCAGGCUUUCUGCCAUGUUCCUUGUUGGAAGAAGAAGAACUCAGCUGCGGUGUAUAAAUGGGCCCUCAAUUUGCCAGAGAGGGUUUUUGCUCUGCACUUGUGUAUGUACUGUUAAAGAAUACAUUUAUGUAUCAUAUACAGUACAAUAAUUUUUCCUUAUACUUGCACAUAUUUAAAGACUUUUCAUUGAGUUGAAAUAAAAAUUCAGAAAAAGUUGUUUAGAGUAUGUGCCCCAUAUGUACUUUAGACAAUGAUUAAGAUAUAUUUUACCUCACGACCACUAAUGGUGUGUAGCUGUCAGUGCAUUAUAUAAUAAUGAGUUUUUCCUUUCUUGGGCUGAUUAGGAAGUUUUAAAGUAUCAGUAUAUUUAAUACUAAUGUACCUAAUGCCAUAUGCAACUGUGUAUAUGUACUUGUGAUCUUCCUGUUUCAUCUACCCACAGUGCUGGGAUUAUAGACGUGUGCUACCACACCCAGAAUAAAUUUUUUCUAUAAAUGCUAA